CCAAUGCUGCUUCUCGCACUAUUUCUAAACCCCCAGUGAUCGCCGCGCCCGGCCACACUUCUUUAGCCGUAUCGAUCUCGUCGCUCACCCGUCGUCGUCCGCCUCCACACCACCACCCGACAGCCGUCACCAACGUCGCGCCCACGCCGCCCGCGACGAGAUGGACGGCGAACGCUCGCUCCACGCCACGUGCGAGGACUACCACUCGGACGACAGCGAGGACCACGUCCUCGAGUCGUUCCGCAGGUCGCCCGCCGCAAAUGUCGCCGCGAAACGAUCGCACCCCUCGGACCUGGGCACCGACAAGCCCCCCGGCGCAGAGAAGGUGGCCAACAUCGACCUUCAGAGCGACUCUGGGUAUUCCAGCCACACUGCCGCCACCAUGAGCAGCGCUGAUUCGGCUCCAAGUGCGAAGUCGUCGCAAAGCCCGCCCGCUGCUCCGGCUAGCGCUGCGUCGAUGCCGCCCCCCAGCCCGGCCACUUCGAAGAGACGGCCGACAAUUGUCGCAGAAGACAGGAAGGCCAGCAGCCAGAACAGCCCGCGCAAGCCAUUGGCUCGCUCUGGCUCGGUUACCUCAAAGCGCACCGCUGGCAGCCGCAGGCAGACCGUGUCAGAGGAAUGCAGAAACCCGAAUUGCACCAAGUGCGGCCCCAAUGCCCUCCCCUCUCGCGGUCGCAGACCACAGCCUUCACCUCUCGACUCUGGACUCGACGUCUCGUACCCUCCUUUCGACCAGCGCUCGCAGCGCUCAGAUCCCGCCUCCUCUCAGACGUCUCCUCCAUCUCCGACCUACACCCGACAGCCUGCUCCUUACAUGCAGGGUUCGGCCCUUAUGCAACCUGGCCAGGCACGUCGACGGUCCUCUUCGAAUGCUCGACGUCCCCUGAGCUACCAAGGAGACCCUGGGCCGAACUACUGGGUUCCGGGCAUGCCCGCGCCGUAUCCGAGCCCUCCCCAUGAACACGGUCCUCCCCCUGCAAUGUCUGCUCACUGGAGCAUGCAACAGCCACAGCAUGCUCAGAUGUCUCCCUACCUGAUGGGAGCCACCCCACCAAACUACUACCCUCCUGGGCACCCAAUGGCGCAGACAUCACCGCCCUAUGACCUCCAGCGGCCGCCUCUAUCCGCUCGCGGUUCAUACCAGACCGGGAGACCCACUUCUGGAUUUGGGCCGACUCUAGUGACCUAUGAGCAGAGCAACCAGCCCAUGCCGUCUGCACGCUAUCCGAACGCUCCUCAGAGUGCAAGACAGGAGCGGUUCCAAUUCGAAUCCGGGAGCUCAGAUGACGAGUCCUCGGAAGAGGACGACUACGAGCCUGAUCCUCGGAAUGACCGCGCCCUCAUGCCUCCUCCGAAGCUCAAGAGCACCAAAAACACCAAGGAGCGAAGGCCAAGCCUCCGGCACGCGAACACCACUCAGGUGUACAACGAGCGUCGUAUGUCUCAGUCACAAACCCUGCCAGAGCGCCCGAGGGAGCGGGACCCCCGCGCUUCCAGAGUAAGCACCGCCGUUCCGUCUCGGGCUCCUUCGGUUAGCCGCCCCAACUUGGUUCAACACCCAAAAGCCCAGUCGUCGUACGAGACCACGCGCUCUGCCUAUGUAACUGUCGAGGACCCUAGGGCCCGGCGCCGCCGGUCUGUUCAGACCUACGGCAAACAGUACGAAGCCGAGCAGAAGCGACAGAACCGGGACUCUAAGAUCUACCAGGACGGACUUGACGAAAUACUCGUCUCGGACCGUCGUCGUCGGCGAACCGACGCAGACACCGUCACGAAAGUCCAGUACUACCCUGAAGAGAAGGACAGGCGGGUUGCAAUGGAUGCUGAAGCUUAUCAACGGCACACUCGCGGCAGCAAUGCACCGGUUAUUGACCAGGUCCAUAGGGAUGCCAAAAACAAGCCACGGGUGCCAUCCGGCCCUUCAGAAGGCUCCUCCCGCAGCAGCGACAAGAAGAGCCGUGUCAGUCAGUCCAAUCGCACUACCGUCACCAAUGGUGGUGGGAACGGCGAAAUCCGACUCCGUGUAGACGCCUCUGCCCCCCUCAGUCUCUCAUUCAACGGUGACAUGGAAGGACGCACCCUUCAGAUCAACCCGGCUGAUAACGGCAUGGCCGAUAUUGUCAUUGGUAGCUCCCGCGGCAGCGAGAACAUGUACCGAAGCGAGAGGGGCAGCGUGCUAGGCAGCAGCAAGAAGUCGCUAGUCGCGAAUCCGAGACGAGACGCCGAAGAGUCUUCAGUUCGAAGCGGACGCAGCAGCCAGGGUAGGCGAGAGGGUGAACGACGUGUGCUCAGGCGCCGACGAGACACCGAAUACAGCUGAGACGACGUGUUGGAGAUGCUGCCCUUUUUGAACUACGACUACUCCAUCUAGGACUUUCACAGCCCUAUCGGGAGCCUUUCUUGGAUUUUCUACGUUUGCGCGUUGUUUCUCCUCUUCUCAUACCCAUUUCGCCAGCUCAUCGUGCUCUACGUCACUUUUUCAUUGGGCGGACCGGAGUGGGUCCAAAAGCCUUUUCUCCAAAAGUUACCCUUGGGCAUCGUUCCCAUGAUCCGCUCGGCGAAAAAAGU